AUGGUCCGCAAAUUCGAAAUUAAAGUUCCAGCUUCAUCAGCUAACAUAGGCCCGGGUUAUGAUGUUUUGGGUAUUGGUUUGUCUUUAUAUUUAACCUUGGAUGUCUCCAUUGACCCAAAAGAUGUCGAAGAAACUAAUUCUGAUCCAAACAACUGUAAAUUGACAUACACCCCCGAAAGUGAAGGCUUUGAUUCUGUUCCGUUGGAAAGCGAUAAAAAUUUAAUUACUAAAACAGCCUUGUACGUUUUGCGUUGCAACGAUAUUAGAACCUUUCCAACGGGAACUAAAAUUAUAAUUGAUAAUCCAAUUCCUUUGGGUCGUGGUUUGGGUUCUAGUGGUGCCGCUGUUGUGGCUGGUGUUAUGUUAGGUAAUGAGGUGGGUCAAUUAAACUUUAGUAAGCAACGCAUGUUGGACUAUUGCCUAAUGAUUGAGCGUCAUCCAGAUAAUAUCUCUGCUGCUAUGAUGGGUGGUUUUGUUGGCUCAUUUUUACGUGAUUUAACACCACAAGAAGUGGAAAGAAGAGAAAUCCCAUUGAGUGAAGUAUUAGAUACACCAAGUGGUGGCGAUGAUACCGGUUUAACACCACCUUUACCACCAACUCUCAUUAGUAGGUUUAUUAAAUAUAACUGGAGUGAGCCAAUUAGGUGCAUUGCUGUUAUUCCAAACUUUGAAGUGUCCACUGCGGAUUCUAGAGGUGUUUUACCAAAAGCCUAUACUGUUCAAGACUUGGUUUUUAAUUUACAAAGACUAGCUGUUUUGACCACUGCUUUAACUCAAAAUCCGCCUAACCCUGAAUUAAUCUAUGCAGCUAUGCAAGAUAGAGUCCAUCAACCUUAUAGGAAAACUUUAAUUCCGGGUUUACCUGAAAUUUUACAGUCAGUUACUCCAAAGACACAUCCAGGUUUGUUAGGUAUCUGUUUAUCAGGUGCUGGUCCAACCAUUUUGGCUCUAGCCACAGACAAUUUUGAGGAUAUAGCUCAUGAAAUUAUUAAUCAAUUUUCCAAAAAGCAUAUUUCUUGUAAUUGGAAGUUGCUCGAUGUUGCUAAUGAAGGUUCAACUGUUAUUAAAAAAUGA